GGCGGGUGGAGAUUAGAAAUAGUGAGAACCGGCCAAGCCGCCAGCCCGGAGCACGCCGCGCAGCGAGCGGCCGCACCCGCAUCCGCAUCCAUGCUGCUGCCCCUAACCAGCGGCGCGCUCUUCUUCCCGGGGCUCUUCGCGCUUAGCCUCUGGGCGCUGCGCCGCUCGCGGCCCGGAUGGACGGAAGACGACCGCCUGACGGUCGGCACCAGGCUAGUGUCCUCCGUGCAGGCAGUGCUGGCCACCGGGGCGGGGCUCAUCGUCAUCACCUCCUGCAGCAACGUGGUCUCAGACAGGCACUGGCUUGCCACAGAAUAUGUCUGGUUUUUGAUUCCAUAUAUGAUCUAUGACUUCUAUGCCAUGUACCUCUGCGAAUGGUGCCGAACCAAAGACCAGAAACUCAGACGCGCCACCAUUAUCCGAAACUUCCUGGUUGAAAACCGCCUUAUGGUCACACAUCAUGCGGUCAUUCUGCUUUUCCUUGUACCUAUUUCACAGAAGCUCCGAGGAGAACUUGGAGACUUCUUUGUCGGAUGCAUCUUCACAGCAGAACUGAGUACUCCGUUUGUGUCGCUGGGCAGAGUUCUGAUCCAGCUAAAGCAGCAGCAUACACUUCUUUACAAGAUCAAUGGAAUCCUCACGGUGACCACCUUUCUGUUCUGCCGGAUCCUUCUCUUCCCAUUCAUGUACUGGUCCUAUGGACAACAAAAAGGACUAAGUGUGCUCCAAGUGCCGUUUAAUAUCCCAUUACACUGCAACGUGGCCAAUGCCGUCCUCAUCUCUCCCCAGCUCUACUGGUUCUCACUGCUGUGCAAGAAAGCAGCCCGGCUCUUUGACACUGCCAAAGCCAAAAAGGAUGGUUAAUUACUCUCAGGGGUCAGGCACUCACACUAGCUGCGUCUACUCAGUAUUCCAAGGACCAAAUCAUGCCUGGGGUAGUCUCUGCCUUCUGGAUGUUGAUAAGUCUCUGGAUUUGUGGUUUUCUUUUUUAAAAUCCCCAUUACCUCCCCCUUCUAACCAGCCUUUUGCAAAAGCACUUUUUUUUUUUUGUUUUGUUUUGUUGUGAUAACUUGGAUCCUGUCAAACCUCCACUGCAGUAGUUUUAAUGCAAACCUAAGGAGCCUUCCUUGGGCUUGUGACAAGAGUUCUGGGAGGCGAUGCACUGCUCUCCCCCUUUCCACCCACUCAGGGCAACACCCGAACUGGGCCAGAAGCAAGUGACAACUUGGUUCUUGAAAUAGUGUCAUUUUCCAAUACUAGGAAAGAUAUUGUGGGUGUGUCUUUUACUGUUUACUAGACAGUCCUUGUCCUCAUCUGUGUAUCAACAACGAAUUCUUGUGCCUGCUGACUUGUAGUCAGAAGGACUCACUGACAAUGGGCAGGAGGCAGGGCUGAGAACCUGAAGCACUUGAGUAGGUCAGGUGGCCAGCAGAGGCCAGCAUCUUUGCAGACUGACUGUAUAAAGACCAGUAUCAAACUUGUGAGCUUGUUGCAAGCAGUUACCUACACUAUUUCCUUUUUAGAAUGGCCUCUCAUGACCAGUUUUCUCUGUAUCCACACUCACCAAAAGCUGGCCUGAAACUCCAGGGAUAAGGUGAAGUGGUGGCUUCUAUAGUAGCUUUCUGGGUAAUCCCACACUGACACUGCCCUUUCAUACAAAAUGGAUAUAGUUGUCUGCUUUCCAGCUUCUGAGGUGUCUUGUAGGCCAGUGCUUCCUGCUAAGACCCAUUUCAGUGUUGAAUGUGCAGCCAUUUAGCCACAGAAAGCUAGAGAACAGGGGGAAAGCCAGACUGGCCAGAGCAUGUCCUGUGGACCAAUGCCAUUAGCUAUGUGCAGUAGGAUGUAGAUAGCACUGAUCAUCCCUCACUAUAGGCUGGGUUUGAGAGGACCUGCUGCCACCACUUCAGGUGGCAGUAAAAACACUACAGUGCCUUAUAAUUUACUGUCCGUGGACUUCUAAAAGACCGGAUGGUUGUGUCUCAAUUUUUGAGUUUCAGUCUUUAAUAGGUGCCAUUUAAAACACAUUUUAAAAUGCUGUUUGUGUAUUUUGUUCUGUUUACUGUAUCCACAAGUGAUCCAUAUGGUAAUUAAAUUGCACUAAAUUCUC